AUGGACCGUCCCAACAAGCCGUCGGCUAUCAGCCCAGCUGGAGGUGCCCCCAAACCCAGCGUUCACACCGAGCAAGGGAAAGUCAUUGCUUCUCUGCCAACUGGUGAUAGCGUGCAAGUGCUGCUCUUCGGUGCUACGGUCUUGAGCUGGAAGAGCAAUGGGCGUGAGAACCUAUGGGUCAGUGAUGCGGCGAAGCUCGAUGGCAGCAAGCCUGUACGAGGUGGUGUUCCUCUCGUCUUCCCCGCAUUCGGCCCACCACCCAAAGACCACGCCACCGGCAAGCUCCCUCAACACGGCUUUGCCCGAAACUCGCAUUGGGAGUACCUGGGCUCCUCUUCCUCCGAAUCCGGCAAGCUGGCAUCAGGAGGCGACGACAGCAUAAAGCUCGACUUCGGCCUCAGCCACGCACAGAUCAGCGACGAUGCGAAGAACGCUUGGCCAUACGAUUUCAGCUUGGUUUAUAGUGUGACAUUGGCGAAAGAUGGUCUACAGACGAUGCUCAACAUCCAAAACAAGGGCGACAAGAGCUUCGAGUUUCAAAUGCUGUUGCACACAUACUUCCGCAUUGACGACAUCUCCAAAGUCUCCAUCAACGGCCUCGGCAGCACAUCCUACAUCGACAAAAUGCUCAACGCCACCACCCAAACCCAGACCGACCCCACCGUCCGCAUCACCGGCGAAGUCGACCGCGUCUACACCGACAUCAAACAAGACACCACCUCCAUCCUCCAAGACGGCAAGCCGCGACUCGAUGUCGUGAGGGAAGGGUUGAGCGAUAGUGUGGUGUGGAACCCGUGGAUUGAGAAGGCGAAGGGGAUGAGUGAUUUUGAGCCUAAGGAUGGGUAUAAGAAGAUGAUUGCUGUUGAAGUUGGUGCGGUGGAUGGGUGGCAGAAGUUGGAGCCGGGUGAGACGUUUGAGGGCGGGAUGAUUUGCAAGGCGCAUUUGUGA